AUGUCCGCUGGGAGGCAGGGCAAGCGACGGACCUGUGCAUCUGGCGGGCAGCUGGUGCGCGUGGCCUUGGUGGCGUCCGCCUCGAGGCUCGCGAUCCUCGCUCUCAUGCUCCUCGCAGGCUGGCUGGUCUCGGAGUACGACGACUCAGCUCCGCUACCGCACGAGUGUCCGGGCUCGGAGCUGCACGACCCUGUUGUUGCUGAUCGAUGGCCGGUGGCCGACGUGCUGGAAAAGGCUCUCGUGUGGGACUCGGUGCACAUGGCCCACGCCGCCCGCUGCGGAUACAGCUACGAGAACCAGUACGCGUUCUUCCCGUUGCUCCCGUGGGCGCUGCGGACCCUCACGAGGACCCUCCUGGCACCCGUCGCGCCACACCUGGGGCACCUGGCGAGCAUGGCUCUCGCGGGCCUCCUCCUCUCCAACGCCGCGUUCGUCGCAGCUGCGGUCUACCUAUACAGGCUGACUCUGCUGGUCCUGGGCGACGAGCGGCACGCGGCGCUGGCCGCGGUGCUGUACUGCAUCAACCCCGCGUCCGUGCACCACUCCGCCGUGUACACCGAGGGGCUCUUCGGGCUGCUCAGCAUCGCGGGCAUGUUCUACUCGACGCGCUCGGAAGGCACGCGCGUCCUCGACGUCGCGAAGGCGGCGGGGCUCUUCGCGCUCGCAACGGCGCUGCGUUCGAACGGCAUCCUCAACGCGGGUUUCCUGGUGUACUGGGCAGCGCACGCCGCGUGCGCCUCCGCGCUUCGUCGUCCGGCCCGUGCGGCCCUCGCUGCCGCCCUCGGGCUGUGCGCGAGCGCUGCGUGCCUGGCCCCGUUCGUGUGGUUCCAGAUGCGCGGACACCAGGCGUUCUGCGUCCACCUCGAGACCACCGGGGCGCCGCGCAGGGCGUGGUGCGCGAGCGCGCUGCCCUACAUAUACGGUUGGGUUCAAAAACACUAUUGGGAAGUAGGCUUUCUUCGUUUCUAUCGGAUAUCGAAGAUCCCAAACAUCCUCCAGGGCGCCCCGUCGCUAGCGCUCGCGGCGUGGGGCGUGCGCGCGUACGUCCGACACGACCCCGGCCGCGCCGCGUCCCUCGCGCUCCCUCUCCCGGCAUCGUUGCGGCGCGGUCUGCAGCCCCUGGCGCGAACCACCGCGCGGCUGGUUGGGGGAGCGACGGCCGCCGGGAGCAGCAAGAAGGACGACGACACGGACGAGCGGGCGCCGGCGAACGCGUUCCUCGAGUCCGACCGCGCAUUCCCGUUCGUUGUGCAGUGGGCCGCGAUGGCGCUUCUAGGCGCGCUGGUGAUGCACGUGGAGGUGUCGACGCGGUUUUUGUCCACGGUGCCGCCGAUGUACUGGGCGGUGGCUGGGGCGUCCCCGCGGCUGCAGAAGCGGAUCGUGGCGUUCUUCCUCGUAUACGCGGUGCUCGGGUGCGUGUUGUUUGUCAACUUCUACCCCUGGACGUGA